AUACAUCUUGGUUACGAUACCUUUGUCUGUCUCAGAUCAAUUGAUUUUGUUUGUUGAAUUUAGUUUAAUAUCGAAUGAAAUACAAAGGAGUGUAACGAGUUACGGUACCGGGGGAGUUAUUCCAUUCAAACGUGUAUUGAAAUUUGAAUGCAUGACUGUGUAGUGUAGUGCCAGUGCUGUCACAUAACUUGGUCAUAGACCUGGCCUGGCCUUAUAGCUUAGGAUAUGUGGAUAAGAACCUAGAUCCGAUUAUUGGAGUUGGAUUUUGAUACUUUGCAUAAAUUGCUGAAGUUGAAUUAACUUGAAAGAUGAUGAACCAUGGUCCUGGAUCAAAUUACCGAUCCACAAGGCAAGAGACCGAGAAGGACGAGUUUGCCAAAGAGCGGGCCAUCAUGAAUGACCUCGACGACAACGGAUGGAGUCACAUCCAUCAUGCUGCUUACCAUGGCUACAUCAAGUCCAUCGAGAAGUUUGUGGGAGCCAGCGAAGACCAGCUGGAGUUCCCUACCAACGAUGAUAAGCUGAUGACCCCGAUCCUCCUGGCUGUUGAUAGCGGCAAGCUGGACACUGUGGAGUGUCUUGUGAAGCUCGGUUCUGAUCUGCGUUAUCAAAACACCCAAAACCAGGGUCCUGUCGAGAUCGCCGCUUUGAAGCAGUACAUCGAUAUCCUGGAGUUCUUCAUCAAGCAUGACCACAAGGAGCUGCCGGUAUGGCCGAAGCUGAUGAAGUUCAUGGGUUCAGAUAUGGAUGAGGAGGCAGAAGCAGCUGGGAAGAUGCUCGUCUUGUUGACAAAGCCUUUAGAAGAUGUAUUGAAUCCAUACUGGGAACCUAUCGUGCAGAAUGGUGGGGUUCCGGUCAUGAUGAAGGUGAUCAAGUCCAUGGUUUGUGACAAAGCAAAGCUGUAUGCCUUCACCAUCCUCUUGAACAUCAUCGAAGCAAAGGUUGUGAAGGAACAGAUAGUGAAAGCAGCAGGCAUCCCGACAGCAUUGAAGAUGAUAACUAAUCCUGACAGAGAGAUUGUCUAUGCCUCUUCAUGCAUCUUGUGUCAUUUAUCCAUGGUUAAAGAGUACAUUGACAGUAUGGUGCAGAAUGGUGCAAUUCCAAUCUUGGUCAAACUGUGGCAAUCCAGCAAUGAUACAGACAUCCUUGUGCAAGUAACAGAGACUAUCUCCCAGAUUGCAAGCGCUAAUGCCGAGUAUCAAAAAACAAUAGGGAACUCAUCGGGUGCACUGACAGCUGUUGUUGGACUGUUUGAAAACCGCUCACCAAAUUCAAAGUCACUCUUGCUGGCACUCACGAGGGCUGUAAGCAAUAUUGUACAGAAGGAUGAGGAAAAUCAGAACAUGUUUGUUGACGAGGGGGGAUCAUCUGCUCUGAUAUCCCUGGCUAAUGUGAAGUACCAUGAACUCCAGCUGAGUGCUAUCAGUGCCAUACACAUGUUAGCGCAGGACAAUCCCCACACUCAGAAGGUCAUCUUAGAAGAAGGUGGUGUCAUCCCUCUCAUGCAGCUCCUCAAGAGAAGCGGUUCACCCAACGUCCAUGUCUGCACAGCCAGUGCUCUCUGGGCACUUGCGGGAGAAGACAUCGACGAGAGGCGCUCCAUGGCCAGCAUGAUAGGUGUCAAUCUUCUCAUAGACUUCUUAAAUGCUCAAGCUGAAAAUGAUAUUCUGCAUUACAUUGGAGCUGAAGGAUUAGCUGUCCUUGCCCAAGGAGCUCUCAACAAACAGGACACUAUCGCUAAUGCUAAUGGAGUUCAACCAUUGGUCAGGCUGUUGCGUUCACCAAAGGAGCACAUUGUCCUCAGCACGAUAAGGGCCUUGAGACAUCUUUGCAUAGGAAUUGGUUUCAUACCACAUGUGAAGAACCAGGCAACCAUUCUUGGGGCUAGAGGGAUACGGUAUCUGGUUGCCCUCAUGGUACAUUCUAGGAAUGAGUUGGUCAGAGUGGAGUCUGCAUUGAGUCUUGGUUACUGCAGCAUCGGCAAUGCUGAGGUGAUGACUGAUAUCAGUGAGAAUGUAGACUUUGAUUACAUUCAUAUCCUACGUAGACUUCACUCCAGUGAUAACCUUGUUCGAUUGCUUGCUGGGGGAGCACUGGCUGCCUUCGCAUAUAACAAUGUCACACAACAGAAAGAGAUUGCUGAGUCAGGAGGCAUCCGUUAUCAUUCCUUCGUCCCGUUCCUGGAGUCCAAUGACGAGUUCUUCCGCUGUAACGCCGCCUUUCAGGUUGUGGUCUUGGCACGCAUCAUCCCUGAUGAGGACCAGGCUACAACGUCAGCUAUCGGUAUCAAGCUACUGGUAGACCUCAUUCAACAGUCCAAGAAUCCUCUCAUCCUAGCUCUCACAGCAGAAUGCAUAGCAAGGCUUGCUCACACUAGAGCUGGUGUUCCUGCUGCGGUUGUAUCAAUCCAGUCUGUAGACGUCUUGUGUCAGUUGAUGCUGGCUGAGAAUGAGCAGGUUCGAGGGUCUGCUGCCAUAGCGCUGGGGUAUCUCAGCUUUAAUCACAAAGCAGAAAGAGAGAUGCUCAACAGGUGUAGACAAGAUCCCUACCUCUUCAAGGUGUUGAAGUACUACACUCAGAACUACAGACUCUCUCAAGCAUUCCUGGAGGCUUGGAAGCAUUAUCAACACAUCGGCCUUCCUCCAAUAGACACUGCACAGAAGCCAUGUCUGGUCGGUAAGAAGAAUAUGCCAUUCCUGAGCAAUAUCAAGAAUCCAAAUGGACGUCGGUUCACGAUACUGAGCUCUGGGGAGCUGAGUGGGCUGAGUCACCAUCCAAGUUCGCCCAUGAACCCGUCGAAUAUCAACUAUCCUGAUGAUCAUGCUACCGUCUCGACUGACAAUCCAACCCCAACCAACAGAGGGGGCAGUGUCACGUUCGCCAGUGGGAUGGAGUCCCGUAACCAAGGUAGCAGCGUAAGUAAUUACUCUCAUAGAGUGCCCUCUACUGGUAGCUCGCAUCACAAGCAGUGGAGUCACCCGUCAACGGCAAAGAGUCUUAUCUCUGAGAUCUCUGCAGGUGGAGUAGAUUUAUGACGUGACACAUGAUGAUAGCCAACUCUUUGAUGGGAAUUCGAUCACUCACUUGUACCAGAUUAUCUCAUGUAAUGUUUGUCGAUAAUAUCAAUCAUGAUCUUGUUUUUAAAGUUUAGUUGGAGGGGCUAGCUGUCAUAAAAUGAAGAUUAAGAUCUCUUUUUUAAAUCACCUUACAUUAU